AUGUUGGAGCACACGGAACCGGAGGCGCAGCAGGCGCCUGCUUUCCCUCCCGUGCCGUCACUGCCAACAGUGGCGCUGUCACAUCUACCGCCGGCCCCCUUUUCUUCGCCGUCCACUCCUGCCGCAGCUCCCGCCGCACCACUGCGGGCGACUCGCCUUAGCGGCGCGGCUCUCGGUUGGCCUGUCAACUCGCGCACCUCAAGCAAUGGUCGCCAGACGCCUCGUGACUCGAGCGAGGUUACCGGUCACUGGGUACCGAGCCGCACCAGCAAGGAGUAUAACACGUUUUCAGCGGAGGUGAAUAGCCCGAGUAAGACGGCGGCAGCUGCCGCCGUGGCGCAUAACAGCCGUCCCUCGUCACCCGGCAGCAGCAUCCUGGGUGGCGUCGCAGCAACAUCGGCUGCGGCACUUGAGGUCGGUGGCCGCCGUACACCAUCCGCGCUGGAACAGUCGCCCAACAUCAACUCUGGGCUGCGUCGCAGUGUGCCGGCUUUUCUCCAGCCUGGCGGAGGCGACAGCGUCGUGCAGCGCACGGUGCGCGCAACCUCAUCUCGGGUAGACUCGACCACGACGGCGUCGCGGGGCCGCAAGCUACUGGAGGCUGCCCUCACGUCUCGCGGCGCCCGCCAUGCGUCCUUGCGUAACACGUCUUUCUCCAGCGUCACAGCACAUCCCCAGCAGCAACCGUCGGCCUUGGUGCAAGAGAGCCAAAGCGCACCGGAGGAGCGCAGCGCCGGGGCACGCUCAGAGAUGCGUGGUCAAUGGAGCUCUGCACCGACGCAUAGAAGCAGCGAUAAAGACGGGAACGCAGCCACAGACGCGUCGCUCUUGGUGCCGGGGCUGGAGACUCUAUGCACCGGCAGCGCUUCGUCAGGGACAGGAUACUCCUUUUCGUCGCGGAGCGUUCGGCUGACCAUGGGCGACAACGGGGACUCCCUCACCUGGGAUGCAGCUCUGCUUUCGAACGCGCAGGCGGGCGAUCCCAAGGGCGUGAACGCACGUCACGACGGUCCUCAACAGGCGGACGCGCCGCUGCAAAGAGCCGACGCCGAGCGCGGUGACGGUGGCGGUCAUGCAAGCGUGGCCGCGACCAAUUCUCAUCCUUCAGCGCCGCCGAGGAAUCCCAAUGGCCUUAUCGAGGACGGGACGACUUUUUCGGGAGCGGAAGCGCCUGCAAACGCCCACACCCACACCCCACGUCUCGACGCGAGGGGAUCGCUGCCCAGGCCAACCGACGAGCCGCCACAGAGUGGACCGAGCGCAGAUGAAAAGAGUGCCUGUCGACAGGAGCACAGCACCGCUGUCAUGACCAGCAGCAACCCUACUCUCGGUGCUAAGGCACACUUCAAUCCAUUCCGUGCGAUGGCCGGGAAGAGCGGCGGCGGCAACACUGCUGCGUCGCCACCGCCACCACCGCCGACAGUGAGCCGGGAACAGCGAUCUUGUCAGCAGCAGCACUGGGAACAUCCCCAGCAGCAGCCACAACCGGGGCCUCUGCUGCAUGGCGCACCGCACAGCGGUUUUCACAGCGGCGCGCCGCCCUCGACGCCGUCAUUAUCCUAUCACGGCUUGGAGGCAAACCUACCAGAGAACUGGUCAAGUCCGAAGGACAUUCCCACAGCGGAAGAUGCCGGCGCUGCUGGUCUUCCUCUACCGCCGCUACCGCAACAACAGCAGCAGCCGCUCUUUGCCGCUGGCAGCGGCGACACGACAACAGCAGCUGGACUCGCGACUGGCUUUACCACGCCGCGAGGGGGUGGUGCGGGCUCGGUGUCUCGAGCACCGCCGCAGAGGCAGCAGCAUCCACUGCCACUGUCAGACUCUUCCAGCUCACAUGUGCCCCCCAACAUGAGCCGCGGCCUCUACGCGGUGUCCCCCUACGUGCGUGAUGAGGAUGCGCGGGCUGUGGCCGACGGGUCGCCAGUACCACGGCGGCCUCUACCCUUCGACAGCGUGCCGCAGCUGGAGGAGACACAAAGGGCGACAACUGAGCAGGACGAGGGCGAAUUUGGCGAUACCGACGGCGGCGCGCUCGACUACACGCACGACAACGGGGCCCACGCUGUUCGUCGCUCCAUGCAGGAUGGGCUGAGUGAGGGGAGUAGCGCUGCCGGGCAGCACCAGCUGCUGCCGCCGCCGAAUGGUCUUCACGCUGCAAAACCUCUCAGCGCCACCCUCACGCAAGCUCAGCCUAAAGUGCUACAAGCGUCUCAGCAACGACCGCCGCAGCUUCCAACACAAGAGCCGCAUGCGCAGGAGCAGCGCCAAGAGGGGCCGACCGGCCGCUCUGCUCAUCUCAUACCGCAGGCAUCCGGCCCUCCUCCGCCAGUUCUGCCGACGAGGACCAUCUCCAAGAGUAGUGCCUUGCAACAGCUUCCGAACCCGGACUGUCCGCACAGCGCAAGCUUCUCUGAGAACUCCCUCUGCAAGGACAGUCUUCUAGCGCUGAAGCCGUCGCCGCGCUACGUGACUGACACGUGGAGUUGCCACGACUGCCCAUCCUCGUCCAACCCUUUCCUGGAACCAGGCGAGAAUUCUCUCUUCGCCCCGUUGAACGGGCCGCUGCCGGAUGCGGCGGGCACCUCCGUCAACAGCACAUUGAGUCAAAGGCCACCCCAAGCCCCGAUGGGCUCUCUCGGCUCCGUUCAAUCGGCUCUGGUGCAGCACGAGCCGCCGCAGCAUUCGCAGGUAGUGAAGGCCUCCGGCUACUUGUCUACCUCAUCUCUGGAGCCGAGCGGCGCGCCGCCGCCGCCGCCGCCGAAGGACCAUCCAGCGCCGCCGAUGGAGUCCAACUCUACCACCGCCCCGCUGCUAAACUUUCCCGGUGACGAAGGUGCCCUCAGCACCGCUACCGCACACACGCCAAGUGGUGCCACCCUGGUCAACCCUUUCUCCAAGUCCGCCCAAAACUCCAACUUCUACCUGAGCGCCACAAACAUGAGUAUCAAUGGCAGCGGCGCAUUGUCGGGCGGCGCGUCGCUGACAGGAUCGUUUGCCGGCGGGGCAGUGCGCAAGAAGUCACGCCGCAGCGGGGCACCGUGCUUCGCCAUCUUCGUCGGCGGCGCUACCCCCCUGCCAGGGGUUCAGGGUGUCAACAGCAGCGACAGGAGAGGCUUUCCAUGCAUCGCGGCGUGUUUCAACAACCCGAACUCCUUGUCGCCACUCAUCGCGAACAGCACCCGGUCUCCGUUAGCGCAGCCGAUCACCUCGGCUUCCUCGAGAACGGGGCCGGUACGAACCACACCGCUAAGUGGAGCUACUCGCGCUAACACGUCACCGGUGCCGCGUCCUCUUGGUGUGGGUACACUGGGAGGCAGCAUCGGGAUCUGUCUCAGCUUCUGUAGCGUGACAGAGGCGCUGACGGCGCGGGGGUCGAUGGUGGACCGCAAGGGUAUCCGGGGUACCGAGUACGGCCGGCGCUAUGUGCGAGCCUUGACGGACGCGGUGCUGCCGUGUGUUCUGCUCGCGGACCAGUGGGCGGUCGGGGACGAAGCGACAGGCUCGGUGUUGACGGGGUUGAUGGUCGCGCUGAAGGACUGCGUCCCAGCCCCGCUCGGUGAGGUGGUAGAGGUGAUGCUGAUGGACGCACUGCCACAAAAGGAUGGAGGCGGCUUUGUGUGGAAGAACAACGGUGGCCGCCGACUCGCCGAGCUGCUUACGGCGGCGGCGCAGACUGACGCUCGUCGGCGCUCGGCGACCGCUCGUAGCAGGGGUACCACUGCAAGUGCCGCGGCUGGCACUGGUAGCACCAGCGCCACGGGGGCGAAUGAUGCGCUAAUGGCAGUCUCGCCGCUGAACCCGGUGACCAGCACCGCUAGAUGCGACUCGAAGGAGCGGGCUGCGGCGCUCCGCCGGGUGGAGGACCUGCUGUGCACGGGCCAGCGCGUGGAGGCGGUCGAGGCCGCCCUCGAGGCGCACCUGCACGUGCACGCGCUCCUGAUCUCCAUGAUGUGCCCGACCAAGGACUUGUACCUACGCAGUGUCCAGGCGGUCAUGCAGCAGGAGCUUUCGGUGACGUCUCCGCUCGCCCACGCCUACAGCAUGUUCAACGAGAUGCCACUCCCUCCCUUGGUCCCGCCUCCCUCGAAGACGGACGAGGAGGAUGAGGAGGCGACGGCAUUAGAUGAGGGGAGAAGCAUGUCGGAGGUUGCCCAGCACCAGCAGCAGCAACACAAACGGCAACAGCAGAUGUUCUUGCGCGAUCAGGAGAUGCUGCAGCAAACGUGGCGCCGCCACGCUGCGGUUUUGCUUGCCAACUUCACUCGCCGCAGCGGAGAUGGCCUGCUGCAGCUUGCCACGACGCUCCAUCAGCUUCACCUCGUCGAGGAGGCGCACACGUGCUUGCUGCUACUGCACCUCACCCCACUUGGUAUGGGGGGGCCGGUCCGCGCCGGUGCGGAGCCUCUUCCCCCGGCUUCCUCUCUGUCUCCGGAGAAUGUGGAGGAUCUGCUGCCGCGUCCAGAUCAGCGGCAGGUCAUGGAGGAGAUACGGCGGCGCAUUGGCGUCGUCGGCGGCACGUACCACCCUACGCAGGGAUGCCGUGCAAGCUUCCUGACACCUGUCACGACGCUGCUCACGCAGCUGGUGCAGCUGGUGAGCGCGCGACUCGAUGCACGGGCGCCUCCACUGUCGCCCCCCGACUCAGCUGGCCCGCCAGUGCCGUUUCACGGACUACCACACGGCCAGCCUCGGAUCGACGUCGGGUACCGCAUGAUGCAAGUGCUGUGGCUGCGCGAGUUGGGACUUGACAAGGAGUCUGCGCAAGCGCUGCAUGCGUUACUGCAACGCAUGCCCCCACCGCUGGCCUUCUCUCUGCGCGUGCCGCCGCGCACACUCAAUGAGCUCGUCUACCUCUUCGGUGGCGUGCCGCCGCUGUCGCCGUCGCCGCCAGCAGAUGCUUUAGACGGCGCUGCUGCGGCAGCGAGGGGUGGGUCGGUCCCUGAGAGGGAGGCCACCACGCAGCAGCCCUCCCCAAACGCCUCCGUCGGACUCCCAUCACACUCGCGCGAAGGGCUGCCGCAGAACGCCGAUAACGAGGCUGAUGAGGUGCCUAGCACAAGCAGGUCAACAUUGGCGCGCGCCACCUCACAGGUGCACCACACCGGCCCGGUGCCGCCGCGAAACCCCCAGCAGCGAGAGGCGCCGACACCGCAGCACCCCUCAUUACGCAACCGCGCGUCGCUGCCGUCCACGCCGCCUGGGACCGCCACCUCUCCGCUUACACGCGAGCAGUGCGCGGCCGCCCUCCAGCCGCCGGAGCGGUCGGCACCACCUUCUGACGGCAAGCCCGGCAACGCCAGCGCCAAGGAGGCACUGGCGCCAGCUGCUGGUAAGUUGAAGCAGCCCGCGCCGCGUCGAUCUCGCUCGCUCGAUGUGCUGCGCAACUUCUUUCGGCGCGGCAGCAGUGAGGCGGCUGACGAGAAGGCGGACGAGGCGAAGCCGAUGCACCUUGAUACGGAGAAGCCACCAGCGUUCGACCCUGUGACGGGCCGGUGGCUGUUCGAGGAGACGGAGGAGGAGAAGCGGCUGCGAGAGCUCGCCAAGGCAGGCCCGCCCAAGAUGGCACUCAAGGCUGCGGGGCAGACUUCCGCGCCAGCAGCUUCUGCGGACGCAUGGGGCCCAUCCCCCGCUGAGUCGGCGCCGCCGCAGCAACCAGCACCGGGUAAAGUGCCUCAGCCUGGAAACGCGCGUCCUGGCCCUGGUGCUCUAGCCCCCGUUCAUGCUGAAGGGGGCAUGCUGGCACCUCACCCAGGUGGUGGCGCCCCGGCCUUUGCUGGCCGUGAGGCGCCGCCGCCAACGAUUGCUGGUCGUGGUGCAGCACGGCCUGCUGGGCGGCCGCAGUACGUGGACAUGUUCAACACGAAUUAG